AUGAAAUACGUCCAACUCGGAAGCAGCGGCCUUCGAAUCGCCCCAAUUGGCGUGGGAUGCAUGAGUUUUGGGAAUCCCGAGGGCCGUUUCAAGUGGUCAAUCCCAGAAGAUGAAGCACUACCCGUACUCAACUACUGUUACGAAUCCGGUCUCAACUUCUUCGACACAGCAAAUGCCUAUUCCAAUGGGCUCUCAGAGGAGAUCCUAGGCAAGGCAAUCAAGAAAUACAACUGGCGCCGCGAGAACGUAGUUAUCGCAACCAAACUGUGGGCACCUGUCGGUCGCGGUCUCGAGCAACCAAUGGCGAUGACCGAUGACGAAAAAGACAAUUCUGGCUACGUCAAUGAGUACGGGUUGAGCCGAAAGCAUAUUUUUGACAGCAUUGAUGCCAGCCUGAAAAGGCUAGACCUACCCUACGUCGACUUGCUGCAGAUCCAUCGCUUCGAUCCCAGAUCUCCCAUCAAGGAAACCAUGGAAGCACUUCACGAUGUCGUCAAGUCGGGCAAGGUGCGGUAUAUUGGCGCGUCGUCUAUGUGGGCUCAUCAACUUCUUGAGUACCAGUAUACCGCCCGCAUCCAUGGCUGGACAGAGUUCAUCUCAAUGCAGAACCUCCAUAAUGCUAUCUACCGCGAGGAAGAAAGGGAGAUGUACCCCGCGUGUGCUAAAUUUGGAAUGGGUGGCAUCCCCUGGAGCCCCAUUGCGAUGGGAUUCCUGGCUCGCCCCUGGUCUAGUUUCUCUGCCACUACACGUGGAGAGGGACAGGGGCAGGGUUUCCUUGGUCAGCCUAUCACAGAGGCAGACAAAAAUGUGAACGAACAGGUUGAAAAGAUUGCCAGGCAGCAUGGUGUAUCGAUGGCGACUGUGGCAAUUGCCUGGUCCCUAUCCAAGCCCUUUAUUACUGCUCCAAUUCUGGGGAUGAGUAAGAAGGAGAGAGUUGAUGAAGCAGUCCGCGCUAUCUCUUUCGAGCUUAGUCCCGAAGAGCUUAAGAGCAUCGAUGACCUGUAUGAGCCAAAGAAAGUGAUUAGCCAUCAAUGA